AUGACCGGCAAAGAACAUACGUCCAACACCGAACCUAAAUCCUCCUCCCUGCAUCCAGCCUAUACGGUGACCAACAUUCAAAACAAGGUUCGCACUCUCGACGGCACCAAGGUUACGUAUUCAUCAUGGGUAAAGCUUUUCAAGUUACAUGCAAAAGCUUACAAGGUUCUUGAUCAUAUCGACGGCACGACUGCACCAAAGGAAGGCGACGAUGACUAUGAUUCCUGGCAAGAGAUCGACGCCCUUAUUCUCCAAUGGAUAUACGCCACGCUAUCCGACGAGUAUUUGGUUCGGGUUCUUGAAACCGAUGCUACGGCACGAGCCACAUGGGUGAAACUUGAAGGUAUUUUUCUUAAUAACAAAGGCUCUCGAGCUACGACUCUUGAGCAUGACUUUACAAAUCUCACAUUUGGAGCUUGUGCAUCCCUCGACGAAUAUUGUCAGAAACUUAAAGACAUCGCCGAGCAACUAGGCGAUGUCGGCUUUCCGGUUAGCGAGCCACGACUCGUUAUGCAACUUGUUCGAGGCCUACCGUCCGAGUAUGAUGUUACCGCUGCCCUCAUCAAUCAAACCUCCCCUACAUGGGAUGAAGCUCGCACCAGUCUGCAAAAAGAACAACAACGCCAAGCCGCCCGCCAAAAUAACAACCAAUCGGUGCUUGUCACCACUCCGAUUCCCGCUGCUACCGUUACCGAACCAUCUACCCAAACUAACAACCCACCCGCACCUAAUACAGCCCCUACAGAUCCUAAUCGGUACUCACAAAAUUAUUAUGAUCCAAACCGUCCUCAUGGCCGUGGACGCGGCUACCGUGGCGGUCGUGGUCGGGGCUCUCGGGGACGUGGCAACUAUAGCAACCAAUACUCUACCUCUCAAUGGAACCAACCCUCACCCACCUAUCCACCCGCUUACGGCCCACAGCAAUCUCCGGCCCCUUUCCUGCUGGGUUAA